UUUUUCAAUUUUAUUUUUGCAAUAUCUAUUAAAAUGCUAUUAUUAAAAAAAUCGUCCGAGUUGCACUUGCACCCAAACCCUGAAAGAACUCUCCCCUCGCCCGGGCUGUGGAUCCAAGCCGACGGGGCAACGCGAGGGCGCCCAGCGGGGUGGGGUUGCUGGGGAUCAGCCGCUUGGGGAGGCAAGGCAGGGGGAGCGGCGGGAGAGAGCCGGGAAGGUGAGGACUGUUUAACAGUCUUGUUCUUGUGAUUGGAGUCAUCGAAUCCUUUUCAAUCUGUCGUUCCAAUUGGGAGGGUAGAGAGUUGUCUUUGCCACGCUGAGUCUGCCCCUGCUUCGCAAUGGGAGGCUCCCCUGUUUUGGAUGGGACUUUGUCUCUGGACGGCUUCAACGCCUCCGCGAUGGCGCUGGUUAAGAGGUGGAAGGAGAUUGAGGUCAGCGAUCCCCUUCCUGACUGGACAUGGAAGCCCUGCUGCAAAAUGGGGGUGCCGUCUGAGGUAGAGGGGUAUCUGGCCCUGGAAGGAGUGUACCGCAGUUGUGGAGAAAGCCAGGAGCAGAUUGAGGAGAGGGGAAAUUUUGAUGAUGCAGACAUUGUUGGGGAUGAUACUUGGGUCCAGAGCUCUAGUGAUAAUGUUCACGUUUAUGAUUUCCAUGUUGUCUACAGCUUUUCUUACAAGGUUCCAGUGCUAUACUUUCAGGGUCAUCACGCUGGUGGGCAGCUACUAACUCUAGAUGAGGUAAAAGAACGCCUUCCCUCUCACUCACUCAAAGUAUUAAGUGAAUCAAAGUGGGCGUUUAUUACUCAAGAGGAGCAUCCCCACUUAAGCAGGCCGUGGUUCACCUUGCACCCCUGUGGAACCAGAGAUUGGAUGAAGCUACUUCUGGAAGAAACUGAAGUGGCAGAUAAGGAACAAUCGCUGCAAUAUUUACCAGCAUGGUUAUCCGUGGUUGGCCAGGCAGCAGGGCUGAAAAUCCCUCUUGAUCUUCAUUGCAGUUCAUAGGUUUCACGUUCACCCUUUUUCAUUUUCAGUAUGUAUGGUGAUUGAAAGGGAAAGUUCUCACCUCGUAUUUGGUGAUGUAUAUAGGUCACGAAUAUUCCUGACACUGGUUACACUUGCCAUUUUUUUAAUAUUGUGGACUUGUGGUA